AUCAGCAGCAAGAACAUCCAAGAACAACUGCAGACAUGACUGAAAGAACUCUUCUCCUCCAGAAUGAGGAGAGUGCUGGAGCAGCUGCAGCAGGAACAAAGAAUCAAGAACCAGUGGAACCAGUUCUCAGGAUGGUUCUUCUGGGAAAAACUGGAGUUGGAAAAAGUGCAACAGGAAAUACAAUCUUAGGAAAAAGAGAAUUUAAAUCUUUGCCCUCAUCUUCAUCAGUGACACUGAAAAAUGAGAAAAAAUCAGGAGAUUUCGAAGGCCAACUUGUGGAAGUGGUAGAUACUCAAGGUUUCUUUAACACUGAAGGUGAGCCACUAAAGGAGAUGACUGAGAUCAUUAAAAGCAUCUCUCUGUCUGAUCCGGGUCCUCAUGUGUUCCUGGUGGUGAUCCAGCCAAGCAGAUUUACGAAAGAAGAUGAAGAAACAGUCAGAAUGAUCCGUAAUCUUUUUGGAGAAGAAUCACUCCGUUACACCAUGGUGCUGUUCACUCAUGGAGACGAUCUGAAGGAUGAAGAUCUCUCCAUUGACGACAUUAUUAAAAACAACAAGACUCUCCGUGACAUCGUCACUCGGUGUGGAGGAGGAUAUCACGUCUUCAGCAACAGAAACAAGGAUCCAUCUCAGGUCAGAGAUCUGCUGGAGAAGAUCAACAGGAUGGUUCACAACAAUGGAGGAAACUACACCAAAAAGAUGCUGGAAGAAGCUCAGAGAAUAAAAGGAGAGGAACUCAGGAUUGUCCUAGUGGGGAAAACUGGAGCUGGGAAAAGUGCAGCAGGAAAUACUCUACUAAGAGAUAAAAUAUUUAAAUCUUGUAUUAACUCCUCAGCAGUUACAGAAGAAUGUCAAAAAGAAACACGAGUGUUCAAUGGUCAAAUGUUAACUGUAGUUGAUACUCCAGGUCUGUUUGAUACUUCUCAGAAUCAACAGCAGGUGAAAGAAGAAAUCCUCAAAUGCAUCUCAAUUGCUGCUCCUGGUCCUCAUGUUUUCCUGCUGGUGAUCCAGCCAAACAGAUUCACAGAAGAAGAACAAAACACGGUGAAAAUCAUCCAGGAGAUUUUGGGAGAAGGAUCACAGCAUUACAGCAUGGUGCUGUUCACUCAUGGAGACGAUCUGGAGGAGGAAGUCCUGUCCAUUGACGACCAUAUUAAAACCAAAGACCCUCUCCGUGACAUCAUAGGUCAAUGUGGAGGAAGAUAUCACAUCUUCAACAACAGAAACAAGGAUUCAUCUCAGGCACAAGAGCUGCUGGUUAAAAUCAAGAGGAUGGUUCAAAACAAUGAAGGAAACUGUUACACCAAAGAGAUGCUGGAAAAAGGCCUAAGAAUUAGAAGAGAGGAACUCAGGAUUGUCCUAGUGGGGAAAACUGGAGCUGGGAAAAGUGCAGCAGGAAAUACUCUACUAAGAGAGAAAAUAUUUAAAUCUUGUCUUAGCUUCUCAGCAGUUACAACAGAGUGUCAAAAAGAAACACGAGUGCUAAACAAUCAAAUGCUGAGUGUGGUUGAUACUCCAGGUCUGUUUGAUACUUUUAAAAGUCAACAGCAGGUGAAAGCAGAAAUUGCUAAAUGCGUCUCAUUUAUUGCUCCUGGUCCUCAUGUUUUCCUGGUGGUGAUCCAGCCAAACAGAUUCACAGAAGAAGAACAAAACACGGUGAAAAUCAUCCAGGAGGUUUUUGGAGCGGAUUCCAAAAAUUACACUCUGGUUUUAUUCACUCAUGGAGACGAUCUGGAGGAGGACAAAGUCUCCAUCAAAAAAAUAAUUGAUGGCAACAAAGACCUGAAGAAUUUCAUUGAUCAAUGUGGUAAAAGAUACCAUGUGUUCAACAACAAAGCUAAAGAUCCAGAUCAGAAAGAUCCAGAUCAGGUCAAAGAGCUUCUCAAAAAGAUUGAUAAGAUGGUUAAGAAAAAUGGAGGAAAGGAAAAAUAUUACACCAACGAGAUGCUGCAAACAGCAGAGGAAGCCAUAAAGGAAGAGAUGGAAAAACUGCAGAAGGAAAAUCCAAACAUGAGUCUUGAUGAAGUCAGAAGAAAAGCUGAGAAGAGCAACAGCUUCAUCCAUGGAGUUUUGGCUUCUGCUGGAAUUGUUGUAGGAACAACUGUUGCUGGGAUCAUCACUGAAGUUGGUAUUGCUGCUGCUCUUGGAGCUGCGUUAGGUCCAAUAGGAAUUGGUGUAGGGGUUGGUGUGGGGUUGGUGGUUGCAGUUACGGGAGCUGUAGUGAAGAAGAAGUUAUGUAAAGUUCAGUGAAAAUUUAACCUAUUAAUUCACCUGAAGGUUAUUUCUGGACUCAUUCUGAUUCUGUCUUCUGAUAAUCCAAGGAUUCUUCAUUUCAGGAUGAUGUGUGUUUAAUCUCGCAGAAUUAUAUAAUCAACAUGUGAUUUCUAGGUGGAAAAGCUUGGGGAGAGAAAACUGAUCAGAAAUAUAAAACAGUAUUUCUAGAAGAAUAAAGAAAAUUAAAAACACAUAAUAUAAAAUGAAAACUGAGCCUUGAAAUGCAAAUCUGUUGUUUUGUAUUUUAAGAGAGAAAUGUAAGAAAAAAAAAUUUAUAUUGAAGAAAAUAAGAUUUAAAAAUUCUUAAAGAAGACAUUUGCACUCACUUUGUGUUCUGACAUUAUAUAAUAAUAAAAUUACAAUAACUAUAUAACAAUGUAUUUUCAUUUCUCCUUUAAACUUCCAGUCAGUGCCAGAAGGCGACCUCUAACACAGAACCAGGUUCUGGUUCUGCUGUAGGUUUCUUUCUGAUAACAAGCGUUUCUUGGUGUUAAUCUGGAUGAAUUGGAGACGCAGUUCUCUAGAAGAAGAACAGAGUGACUGAGGAAGAAAAGAUCCUUCCAGGUCUUAAUCUAACAUCAGUCUGUUGGCGAGGGGGAACCAGAACCUGAACCAGAACAGAACCAGGGACCUGAAGAGGCUCAACAACCUGAGGAAGUAGGUUGGUUCUGUUCUGGUUCUGUUCUGUUCUGGUUCUGUUCUGUUCUGUUCUGGUUCUGUUCUGUUCUGGGAAUAACUGGAGAAGACGAUGCAAAGAAGGAUUUUUCAUAAAAUCAAGAAAGUUGAUUUCUGCUCAUCCUCUUUAUGACACUCUUAGAAAAACUGUGUUUUUAGUCAGAGACUUCUUCAGAUUCGCUGUAACACAGACUGCUACAGAACUUUUAUUUCAGCUUUUCUGUUACUGCUCUUUCCUGCCAACAGCCAUCAACAUCUACAAUAAUUAGCAUGAAUUACAACAACAUUUAAUUUCCCUAUGGGAUCAAUAAAGUUAUUUUGAAUUUGAACUUGUUUCCAUUGGUUGACUUGAUGUUCUUUUGAAAGUGUUCCUUGGUCUCCGUGAUGCUGGUUGCUCUAGAAAGUUCCAAGGCCAGAAACAGAAAAGCUCCAGUUACACACGGCUGACUGGUUACUGUUCACUUACUGGUUACUUAUAAAAGUAUUUACACCCCUCAACCUCCUUCUACCACAAACCUGAGUGGAUUUUAUGUUGCAAACUCAAAGCAGAGAAAAAACACAAGGAGUGGAAGGAA